AGACGCAAGAUCUCCGAAGUUAGAACGAAUACUAAAGAAUAUCUACUAUUAUCUACAUCGCAAUUUUAUUACGAGAAUACACUACACUCCUCUUAAAUCUCGAAUGUAUCUCAGUGCAUUUACCGUGAUUUUACUUACAAGUCAUACCUACCUAUAUCUUUAAUAAUCUGUUUACAUGAGCAAGCAAUCAGUAUUCAUUAAAACGAUUUAUAAUACCAUCUGAAGCUACCACCAGUUUCGUUGAUAGAUAUAUUGACAAACAAUUAUCAUUAUCAAAUUAAUACCCAGUUUAUCGCAUUAUCCGCAAAUUAUAAAAGCCGUUACUGUCAGUUAUGUAGAGAGUUGUUCAUAAGUCGCGACAAAAAUGUGGCGUGAAAAGCUUUUCUUAUUUUAUGGAUUGACAAUAGCAGUUGCUGGAUCCUCCCUAAAUGAAGACUAUAUUGAAAAUUUAUAUAAAACUCAUUUAAAUGCUGGUAGAAUAUCUGACAAUAUUUAUGAAGAUGCACGUCUGGAUGUGCCGGAACUUGUAAGGAAAUACAACUAUUCUUUCGAAGAUCACAGUAUUACAACUGACGAUGGUUAUAUAUUGGGAAUACAUCGAAUUCCACAUGGUCGGGACAACAAUAACGAUCCAAGUGUACGUAGGCCCAUAGUGUUUUUGAUGCACGGUCUUCUCUCCUCGUCUGCAGAUUGGGUUCUUAUGGGUCCCGGGUGUGGAUUUGCUUAUAUUCUUGCUGAAGAGGGUUUUGACGUUUGGAUGGGCAAUGCCCGUGGCAACUAUUAUUCCCGUCAACAUAUUAGUCUUAAUCCAGAUGCUCUUUUGAGUACUAGAUUCUGGGAAUUUUCGUGGGAUGAAAUAGGCAACAUUGAUUUGCCUACAAUGAUUGAUUAUGUACUCAAUAACACCGAUCAGGAAAGGCUUCACUAUGUGGGACAUUCUCAAGGCACCACAUCUUUCUUUGUGAUGGGAGCUCUUCGACCAGAAUAUAAUCAGAAAAUUACUUCUAUGCAUGCCUUCGCCCCUGUUGCAUAUAUGGCACAUAACCGGAAUCCCUUCUUCUUAAUGAUAGCGCCAUUUUCUAACAGUCUUGAGACUCUAGCAUCUCUUAUUGGUAUUGGUGAAUUUUUACCCAAUAAUCUCAUAAUGACGUGGGCUGGCCAACAAUUUUGUAUGGACGAAGUCAUUUUCCAACCUAUUUGUAGCAACAUCUUAUUCUUGAUCGGAGGGUGGAGCGAAUCCCAACAGAAUACUACUAUGAUUCCAGUAAAAUUCGGUCACACGCCCGCUGGUGCAUCCGUAAGACAGUUCGCCCAUUACGGGCAAGGAAUUUCUGGUAAACGUUUUCGCCGCUAUGACCAUGGAUCUCGUCGAGCAAACAGAAAAGUUUAUGGAAGCCGGACGCCUCCGAAUUAUGAUCUUUCUAAGGUCACAGCUCCAGUCUUCUUACACUACGUUGACCAUGAUCCUUUAGCUCAUGUGAAUGAUGUCGACAGGUUAUUCAGGGAACUCGGUAGACCUGUUGGUAAAUUCAGAGUUUCAUUACCGAGAUUCAGUCAUUUGGAUUUCUUAUGGGGUAUCGACGCUCAGGAGCUAGUGUAUGAUCGAACCAUUAAUCUUAUUAAAUCAAUGGAAAUUAACGGUUUGAAUGGCCUGAGCCUGAAUGUUGAAGUAGAAAAUUAAGACAAAUUCAUACUAAUAUUAUAAAUUCGAAAGUGUGUCUGU